AGCAGAGAGGUAUGGAGAUACAUUCAGAGCAGCUGAGAGAAGAGAGGGGGCGAGAGAGGUAGGAGUGAGGUUGGAGUUGGGGGGAGAGAGAGAGGGAGGGAGAGGGAGGAAUGCAGUCCAGCCUCUCUGCGCUGUGGAGCAGCAGCCACUCAGUCCGACACUGAAGGACACAGAGAGAGGAGAGACAGCAGGAGGACAAGAAAGAAAAGAGGAAGAAAGAGAAGCAUCUGUUCUUUUCCUCUCUCUCUUCCUCUGUGGAUAAAGAGGACAAACAGCAGCAGGAGGUAAAGCAGGAGGAGGAGGAGGAGGAGGAGGUCCGUGCCUCCUCUCGCACCGUCAGCCCGAGGAGCCUCGCAGCCCGACGGUGUCAUUGCGACAGCGCUGAACGAGGGAGAGUGGCUGCUGCUGUGUGUGUGUUUCUGAGUGUGUGUGUUCAACCAUCAACAGCUGAGGAUCCGUCCCUCAGGUGGAUUUGGAGUAAAACCUGGGAUUUUGAUCACGAGGAGGAAGAGGGGGAGGAGGAGGAGUGUGGUGUGGGGGGGGGUCGCUUGCUGGUGUUGUUGUCUGUUGCACCUCCUUUUCCUCCCGCUCCUCCCGGUGCAGAGGAGUGAGCCGCCGCGCUCUGCUCGCUCGCCUCUCUCUCUUCAGCCGGCUCUGCUGUAACUGUGCCGGGACCACGACCGCUCACCCAGGGAGAGGAGAGGCAGAUGGGUCUCAGCCCGUCCUCACUGUGGCAUCCACGAACAUCAUUUCCCAGAAUGCCUCGGGUCUGACCCCUCCAGGUAACCUCCAUCGACCAUCAGCGCCUGUCAGACGCCUCCUGACUCUCAGCCAAUCGACACAUCUUCCUCGACAGUGCCAUGGCAACCGCAUCCGUUCAAAGGCUCUGUGGUCCCCAGCUGCUGCUGUGAGGACGCCGAGGAGGGAAAAGAGUAAAGAAGCAAAGGAUUCUGGAUGUUUUUAAUGGACUUGGUUCUCCAGUCGCAGAGGAGCCUGGGAGCUUGUGGGAGGAUUUUCCUUUUCCUGGAUCCUGUUUGGGGACUGUGAUGCAAAAACAAGUGUAAGUGAACCCGAGCCUGGACUCAGUGGAUGUGCUGUGCUGUGCAGGAGCCGAACAUAAAAAAGGACCAGAUUCUUGGAGAUGUCGAGUCACAGGAGGUGAUGCUACCAUGUAGCCACGGCGACCCGCUGAAACCUCCCAGAAACUUUCCUUUAACGAGCUGAGAGCUGCUGGAUGUACCAACACACACACAGUCAUCAAGCUGAAACAAACACACACUCGAUAAGCUGAGCGAGGAGUUAGAAAGUGCUACCAGGUUAUUAUCGGCCCCGGCGCUUCCUAUUUUCGUCUUUAAUCUUUGUAUUCUGAGUAAUCAUCUUUUUAAUUAAUGGCAACGACGGCGUGAAAUCUUCCCUGCCACCCCCUCCCCACUCUCCUUUCCCGCCGCCGCCAGAGACACCUGAAACCAAUUAGCAACAGCAGAUCUAGAUGGGGAUUAGACGCAGGAAGAGCAGGAGAGAUUAGGUACAAACACAAAGAGGGUAAAAGGGGAAGAGGGAAAAAAAACAGGCGAGGAACUGAAACGGUGGCAAAAGCAGAGCGGAGGAGGGGCUAAAGACAGACCUGUCAAUCAUCCUGAGUGAUCGAUAGGAGGGAGGAGCAGAGGGCGGGGCGGUGGGGAGGGUAUGGCGAGAUCAGGGCGGCGGCCCGUGGACAAGAUAACGACUAGUUGUGAGUCAGCAGGUAGAGUGGACUGCGAGAGCCCCGAGUGUUGACUGGCAGGUCCUCCAGCCUCCCAGGACUCAUUGUCAUUCUCUGCACUGUGUGGGCGAGGGAGGGAGGGAGAGAGAGGAGAGACUCUUGGCCAGUCGCCACCAUCAGGGCCAAUUAAGAGAAUUUGAUUAUAUGCCUUAAUCUUGGCAGUCAGGUGGAAAAGCAGACAGGAAGAGAAAGAGGAGGCAGAGCAGGUGCCUCCGACACACACCAUUAUCUCUGUCCGUCUGUAACUGAGUGUGUUUCUGCCCCGAUCGUGUGUUUUCUUCAUCUCGUCCACAAACCAGAUCUGUCUUUUCAGAGAGGCAGGAGCGGUGGAGGCUCCUCCAGAGAAAAGAGGGAAAACAGAGGAGGCUGAGGAGGGAAGGACGAGAGGAAAGGCCCUGUUUCUGCCUGAAAUGUUCAUUUUUCACUUUCUUCUUUCUUACUGACAGAAAACAGACUUUCAGUUUGUGUUUGUCACUUCAGUCCAGCACAGACAGACUCAUCCCCUCCUCCAGACGUCUUCUCCUGCCUCCCAGUGUGGACCUGUUCUAUCUGGAAGUGUCCCCCCUGCCUCCUCAAUCUCCACACCGAGCCUGAGAUAAAAGCAAAAAGCGACAGAUAGACAGAAAAAUAAAAGAAGAGAGAGACAGCAAAGGACUGAGUGUGGAGAGGACAGAGCAGAGACUGGGCUUCCUCAGUCCCAGACGCCCCGAGGCUCCCGCCGACUGUCCCCAAAGCUUCACUUCCUCUUUUUAAAAUUCAUCUUCUCCCCGGAGCUUUUUUCCAGCUCUCCUCCUUGUGGAUCCUAUACUCUGUCCCGGACCGGCCCAGACUAAACUGGCUUCCAUCAUCCGAGGGAAUCUUUUCAUAUCGGCUCCUGGUGUCGUCAUCUUCAUUCUGUGGCGGUACAGGCAGCCAGCAGACCAUUCUCCAUGAGGAGCAGUGGAAGAUGCCGGCUCUGCCAGCACUGCUGCUGUCGAUUUACAUCGCCGUCCUGCUGCUGACCAUGGCACCGCUCUCCUUCAGCCAGGCCAACACCCUCUCUGCCGUCCGGAUGGCGGCCAUCUUGGACGACCAGUCAGCGUGUGGUCGUGGCGAGCGUCUGGCGCUGGCUCUGGCGAGGGAGAACAUCAACAGUCUGAUGGAGGGCUCCUCCCAGGCGAGGGUGGAGGUGGAUGUCUACGAGCUGCAGAAGGACUCCCAGUACGACACCACCGACACCAUGUGUCAGAUUCUGCCCAAAGGUGUGGUCGCAGUGAUUGGACCCGCCUCCAGUCCCGCCUCCGGGUCCACCAUCAGUCACAUCUGUGGGGAGAAAGAGAUCCCUCAUGUGAAGAUCGGUCCGGAGGAAACCCCAAAGCUGCCGUACCUUCGCUUCGCCUCGGUGACGCUCUACCCGAGCAACGAGGACCUGAGUCUGGCCAUCGGAUCCAUCCUGCGCUCCUUCGGCUACCCGACGGCCAGCCUCAUCUGUGCUAAAGCAGAGUGCCUGCUGCGAUUGGAGGAGCUGGUCCGGCGGUUCCUCAUCUCCAGGGAGACGCUGUCGGUGCGGAUGCUGGACGACAGUCUGGACCCAACGCCUCUGCUGAAGGAGAUCCGAGACGACAAAGUGGCCACCAUCAUCAUCGACGCCAAUGCCUCCAUCUCCUACCACAUCCUCAGGAAGGCGAACGAGCUGGGGAUGACGUCGGCUUUCUACAAGUACAUCCUCACCACCAUGGACUUCCCUCUGCUGCGGCUGGACGACGUGGUGGACGGUCAGUCCAACAUUGUGGGCUUCUCCAUGCUGAACAGCAGCCAUCCCUUCUACCUGGAGUUCAUCAGGAGCCUCAACCUGUCCUGGAUGGAGGGUUGCCUCAUCAGCCCGUACCCCGGACCAGCGCUGUCGUCGGCCCUGAUGUUCGAUGCGGUUCAUGUGGUGGUGAGCGCCGUGCGGGAGCUGAACCGCAGUCAGGAGAUCGGAGUGAAGCCGCUGAGCUGCACCUCCCCGCUCAUCUGGCAGCACGGAACCAGCCUGAUGAACUACCUGCGUAUGGUUGAGUACGACGGUCUGACGGGUCACAUUGAGUUCAACAGUAAAGGCCAGAGGACCAAUUACACCCUGAAGAUCCUGGAGAAACACCCCGGGGGCCAUAAAGAGAUUGGUAUCUGGUACUCCAACAACACGUUGGCCAUGAACUCCACCUCCCUGGACCUCAACGCAUCAGAGACGCUGGCUAACAAGACGCUAAUCGUCACCACAAUACUGGAAAACCCGUACGUCAUGCGUAAGGCCAACUACCAGGACUUCCAGGGCAAUGACCAGUACAAGGGUUUCUGUGUGGACAUGCUGCGGGAGUUAGCCGACAUCUUGAAGUUCUCCUUCAAGAUCAAGCUGGUGGACGACGGCCUGUACGGAGCCCCGGAGCCCAACGGCAGCUGGACCGGCAUGGUGGGAGAGCUGAUCAACAGGAAAGCAGACCUGGCUGUGGCCGGCUUCACCAUCACCUCAGAGAGAGAGAAGGUGAUCGAUUUCUCCAAACCCUUCAUGACUCUGGGGAUCAGCAUCCUGUACCGAGUCCAUCUGGGUCGUAAACCAGGUUACUUCUCCUUCCUGGAUCCCUUCUCUCCGGCUGUCUGGCUCUUCAUGCUGUUGGCUUACCUCGCCGUCAGCUGUGUCCUCUUCCUCGCCGCCAGGCUCAGUCCCUAUGAAUGGUACAACCCUCACCCGUGUCUGCGGGAGCGGCGGGACGUCCUGGAGAACCAGUACACGUUGGGGAACAGUCUGUGGUUCCCGGUGGGCGGCUUCAUGCAGCAGGGCUCAGAGAUCAUGCCCCGGGCGCUGUCCACCCGCUGCGUCAGCGGAGUCUGGUGGGCGUUCACCCUCAUCAUCAUCUCGUCCUACACGGCCAACCUGGCGGCGUUUCUCACCGUCCAGAGGAUGGAGGUUCCCAUCGAGUCUGCGGACGAUCUGGCCGACCAAACCAACAUCCAGUACGGCACCAUCCACGGAGGAUCCACCAUGACCUUCUUCAUGAACUCGCGGUACCAGACGUACCAGCGGAUGUGGAACUACAUGUACUCCAAGCAGCCCAGCGUGUUCGUGAAGAGCACCGAGGAGGGCAUUGCCCGCGUCCUCAACUCCAAGUACGCCUUCCUGAUGGAGAGCACCAUGAACGAGUACUACCGCAGCCUCAACUGCAACCUCACGCAGAUCGGAGGACUGCUGGACACCAAAGGAUACGGCAUCGGCAUGCCUCUGGGCUCUCCGUACAGAGAUGAGAUCACUCUGGGGAUUUUACAGCUGCAGGAGAGCAACAGGCUGGAGAUCCUGAAGAGACGCUGGUGGGAGGGAGGACAGUGUCCCAAAGAGGAGGACCACCGAGCCAAAGGUCUGGGCAUGGAGAACAUCGGCGGGAUCUUUGUGGUCCUGAUCUGCGGCCUCAUCAUCGCCGUCUUUGUGGCCAUCAUGGAGUUUGUGUGGUCGACGCGUCGAACCGCUGAGACGGACGAGGUGUCAGUCUGUCAGGAGAUGCUGACAGAGUUUAGGAACGCCGUCUCCUGUAAGAAGAGUUCCCGCUCUCGUCGCCGCCGGCCUCUGAGCAGUGCCGGGGGCGGAGUCCUGCGCCACCCGUCCCGCCUGGCUCUGGCCGCGCCCCGCCCCAUCCGUCUGGUCCGCGAGAUGCGCCUCAGCAACGGCAAACUGUACAGCGGCGCCGGCCCACUAACGGGCGGGCUGGCGGGGCUGGGGGCGGGUAUGGGUGGAGGCCCCGAUUUGGGCCCGGGGCCACAGAGGCUCCUGGAGGACCCGCUGGGCGCUAACACCACCACCAGCACGACUCCUCCCCCUCCGCCGGGGUCGGCCCUGGUGGCUCCUCCCGCCCCGCCGCGCAGCUUCCUGCAGAGCUGCAGCCACGUGCGGAUCUGCCAGGAGUGUCGGCGGAUCCAGAGCCUGCGGCCGGCCACGCUCACUCCUCCCCCGCCUCCUCCGCCCUCCUCAUCCUCCUCCGCCUCCUCCUGCUCCAGGAUUCCGCCCUUGGUGGCGACGCCAGGUCACCACCACCGUCACAACCCCCACCACCUCCACUACCACCACGGCUCCAUGUCGCUGCCCCGCCUUCCGCCACCGCCUCCCCCGCUGUCGACCGACAGAGCCGACAGUGACGGGGGCGGGGGCACGGCAAGUCCUCAGUGGGGCAAAACCAAACCGGCUCCUCCGCCCAGACCAGUGCCCCCCACCAAGACGCCGACACACCCGCCAACGGACUUACUUGGGGGGCACGACUGAGCUGAGGGACGGAGUCAGAGGGGUCGGUGAACUUUAUAUCUCAGCCCCAACGACACAGCUGGACCGGUCCAAACUGGCCUGUCCGCAGGGGUGGAGGGAAGAAACCAUUCUGACCCGUUUGCAGGGUCUUUGACUAGAACAGCACCACCUCAGCUCCACGGAUCAUACCAGUGACCUCUCCACAGGGGUGGACGGAUUAAACCACUCUGGCUGAACAGGAACAAAACACACGUGACACUUUGGAUUAAACCAGCUGAGGUGUUCGCUGUCUGCAGAGCACGGACAAACAGGAAAUGGUUGCCAAAAUGGCCGCCACCCUGGGGUCUGGUUUGUCACACCCCACAUUCAGUCCUCCACCUCUUGCCUCAGCCAAUCAUCACGCUCCGUGCCAAGCGAGGAGGACACUGAGAGACAGACUGAGUUUUACUGUUUGAAUACUGAACCAGGUGUUUGUACAGAAGGACACACACACACACACACACACACAGUAGCAGAGCAGCUGUACAGUUCUCACGGUCAUCUGUCAAUCAUUGGACGUCAGUGGAGGAUGUAGCUCUUGUUGGUGUUUGUACAGACUCCUGCUGAGCGGUGCUGUGAUCCACAAGGCCGCGCUGACGUCGUUCUUAUUUUACAUGUAGCGUCCGAUUCACCAAAUAAAGGACGAGGCAUGACGGGGCCGACAGGGAGGAGACAAAAUGAAAAACGCCAAGUUCAUUCGACCAUGUGACCAUGAGAUCAGUAACUAACCGUUUCCAGCACAUAACUCCCCCUGAAAGCCACAAAGAGAACUGAUUAAUGAGCUGUAGCUGUUGGUAGGUGCAUUACUGACGGUCGGACAGAGCCAGGCUAGCUGUUUCCCCCCGUUUCCAGUCUUUAUGCUAAGCUAGGCUAACUACACCCAGACAUCUCAUUCUCAGAAACAGAAGAAAACAAACAUAUUUUUCCAAAAUGCUGAUCUGUUCUUUAAAAGGUUUGAACAGAGUGAACGGAGCCAGGAAGUAUCUACUGCGCUGAUUUUCAAAGUAAAAGUCCCCUUAAAAAAUUUAUUCCAGCUAACGGCUAAAGUACUGGUGCAGCUCCUAAUUGGAGUUACCCCCAAACCCAGUCCAGAUCAGGUUAUAUUCAAAGAUACAGAACCAGAGCACGGCCAAGAGUUCAGGUCUGAAAAACUGCUACACACAUGGACUGGAAGGGACUGUAUGAAAAUUAUUAGGUUCGGUUCUUUGGGUCUUUAUAUUUUUACUAUUUCUGUUUGUUGUGUUUUUGGUUGGUAUUAAUGUUGGUGCUGCUGUCACUUCUCAUUUAGAAAGGUCACCACCAGGAAACCUGUUAUUUCUUCAGAUUAUCAAACAGACAUCUGUUUGUUCCUGCCAGCUAGCAUUAGCAUUAGCAACAUGGCUGCCUGUUAUCAGCCUAACUACUGACCAAACAACUGCAAGAAUCUCAGUUAGGAAUAGAAACCUUGGUCUCAGAGCUGACUGUCGGGUUUGAACCCUCUCAAGUCCAAAUCCAAUGUUUUUUAUACAGUCCCUAACAGAAGAACAUUUACAGUAGUUUUCUAUAUAAUAAGGGAGUUUUAAAGCUGCACACACACACACACACACACACACACACACACACACAUACACAUUAACUUUGGAGGGUGAACUGCAAAAGAAGAAAAAACAAAAUUUGUGAUUGUACUUUCCUUCCUGUCUGAUCUGAGUCUGACUCGUUUUCUUUAUUUUUUCUUUUUCAUGGGAAACUUGAGUCUCUGAGGUUUUUUUUCUUUGUUUUAAAUCGAUGUCAUGAUAAUGAUUCAUUCACCACUUUGAGGUUUAAAGUUCAGCUGCCGGCAAACUCCCAGAUCCACACACACACAUCAACAAAUCAGAAUCGACCGAUAACACAACUAUUGAUCGUCAGCUCCACAUGUGAUUGCUUUACAGUCGCCUGGUCGCAGUGUACAAAACGAAAAGGAGCCGAAUAUAAAUCAACUCCUACACAUUUUUUCAGUAACCACACACUAAUGAAACAUUGUUUUGUUGAAGAUCAGUGCCUGUAGUUUUUGUUUUUUUAUGUUUUUGCAUAGAAACUGUGGAGAAGUGACGGCAGCAGCAGCCGAGGUGAAAAACACGUUUAUGAUAAACAAAAACGCACAGGAAUGUUGAUGUAAACUGUGACUUUAAAUGGGUGUGAGUGUGUGUGUGUGUGUGUGUGAGAGAGAGUAUGUGUGUUGUGCGUUUCAUCAUAUCGUCAGCUGUUUAUUUCAUGUUUUUUCUGCUCCUUCUCUCAGAUUUGUACCAGCAGUGCUCAGCUGAUCAGUAGGACAGAGACGACAGAUGGAUAUUAUUCUGAUGAUUCUGUUGUUAUCAUUAUUAUUGAUAUUGACGUGUGGGGUGACUGUAGGAGGGAACCUGCCCUCUGAUGUUCAAUAUAUAGACACACGUUUGGAAUAAAAAACCAAAAAAAAAAAAA